CUCAUUAGAGGUUGGGAAUAAGGAUAGUUUCUUCCAAGCUCUAUCUCGUCUCUUAUUGUUUAGUUAAUUCAGAAGGGAAGGAUAAUCACAAUGAGAGACUAAAACAACAAUGAUGUUCCAUCGCCUAAAGCAGCAACCAAUUCUAUAAAGAAAGUUUCCAUGAUACCACUCGUUUUCCUCAUAUUCUACGAAGUCUCAGGAGGUCCUUUUGGUGCUGAAGGAAUUGUGAAUGUAGCAGGUCCACUGUUAGCUCUUCUCGGCUUUAUAAUCUUCCCGUUCAUUUCGUGUAUCCCAGAGGCACUAAUCACUGCAGAGAUGAGCACAAUGUUCCCAAUAAACGGCGGUGUUGUGGUUUGGGUCUCCUCUGCCUUAGGACCCUUUUGGGGGUUCCAAGUAGGCCGGAUGAAAUGGCCAUGCGGAGUCAUCGACAACGCUCUGUAUCCUGUCCUCUUCCUCGACUAUUUAAAAUCCGCUAUACCGGUUUUGUCCACCGGUUUGCCUAGAGUUGCCUCCAUCUUGAUCUUGACUCUAUUGCUUACUUACCUAAACUACAGAGGACUAACCAUUGUCGGUUGGACCGCGGUUCUUAUGGGAGUCUUUUCGAUGCUUCCUUUUGCUUCAAUGAGUCUCAUUUCGAUCCCAAACCUCCAGCCUUCGAGAUGGCUUGUUACGGACAUAGGAGAUGUGAACUAGAACUUGUAUCUAAACACUCUUUUCUGGAACUUAAACUACUGGGAUUCAGUUAGUACACUAGCCGGUGAAGUGGCAAACCCGAAGCAAACACUUCCCAAGGCUUUGUGUUACAGUGUGAUCUUUGUAACUCUCUCAAACUUCCUCCCUCUCUUGUCUGGAACCGGGGCUAUACCGCUGAACCGCGAGCUAUGGACUGACGGUUUUUUAGCUGAAGUUGCGGGAACCAUCGGUGGAGGAUGGUUGAGAGUGUGGGUUCAAGUGGCUGCAGCUACGUCGAACAUGGGAAUGUUCAUAGCCGAGAUGAGUAGUGACUCGUUUCAGCUUCUUGGAAUGGCUGAGCUCGGUAUGCUGCUUGAGGUUUUCGCCAAAACGUCUCGUUACGGAACGCCUUUGUUAGGGAUUGUGUGCUCAGCUUCAGGUGUUUUGCUCUUGUCUGGAUUGAGUUUUCAGGAUAUUGUGGCUGCAGAGAAUAUGCCUUACUGCGGUGGAAUGGUUUUGGAGUUUGUUGCUUUUGUUAGGAUGAGGGUGAAGCAUCCGGCUGCGUCGAGACCGUAUAAAAUACCUGCGGGAACCGUUGGUUCGGUUUUGAUAUGCGUUCCUCCCAUUGUGCUGAUAUGUUUGGUUGUUGUUUUGUUGACUCUUAAAGUGGCUGUAGUGAGCUUUGUGAUGGUGAUGGUUGGUUUAUUGAUGAAACCUUGUUUGGAUCAUAUGGAUCGAAAGAGAAGGGUCCAAUUCUCAGUCAGUUGCGAUUUGCCUGAGUUUCAGAAGGAGAGUCAAGAAAUGGAAGAGUCUUUGUUACGUUAGGUCAGAGGAACAUGUUUUUUUUCUUAUUGUUCUAUGUUCAAAUGAUUGUAGUGUUUGUUUAUUGGUCAAGGAAAUGGAUCCUGUUAUUCGGUU